AUGUCUCCUUCGAGUCCCUUAUCCAUCCCUGAUGGAGAAAAUUCAACGCUCUCAUCGCCUCUCUCAAUCCUCUCUAAAACACCAUCCGCGCCUUCGUCGCCCACUAUGCUCGACCCUACAAAGCUCGACCCUUCAAGGCGCUAUCCAUCACCUUCAACGACCGCCUCUGGCCCUCACUCUCCUGCCAAAAUGUCCGAUCUUCCGUCCGAAGAUGAGGUUGUUGUCAAGGCAUCCGAUGCCUCUACUCAAGGCCCGCCUGCCAAAAAGCGUCGAAUUACGCCUCCGAAAGAACGCACAACCGAGUACUUGGAUCUUACAAAAGGCGACGAGGAACAAACAAAAGAGGAUACCCACCUGCUCAAUAGGCUUCGCGAUACACUACGCAAGAAGAAGAAGAUUGUCGUCAUCGCCGGCGCUGGCAUUUCUGUUGCGGCAGGGAUUCCAGAUUUUCGAUCGUCCACCGGCCUAUUCGCAUCUGUGAAAAAUCAACACAACCUCAAGGGCUCUGGUAAACACUUGUUCGAUGCUUCGGUUUAUAAACACGACGACACUACCGAGUCAUUUCACGCCAUGGUCAGAGAAAUGGCUGCCAAGACGAAAAGUGCCAAACCUACACCUUUUCACCACUUACUAGCAUCUCUGGCCCACGAGGGUCGAUUACUACGCCUCUACUCGCAAAACAUCGAUUGCAUAGACACAUCAAUGGAACCCCUGGCCACUCAAGUCCCUCUCAACCCUAAAGGCCCCUGGCCCACCACCAUUCAGCUGCACGGUGGCCUCCAAAACAUGGUUUGCACUAAAUGCAGCAGUCUCCAGGAGUUUGACGGCGAAAUUUUCACCGGUCCAAAGCCUCCGCUCUGCCCAACCUGCCAAGAUCUUGACGAAGUUCGAACAGCUCAUGCGGGAAAACGAAGCCACGGUAUUGGAAGACUACGACCGCGAUUUGUGCUUUAUAAUGAAUAUAACCCAGACGAAGAAGCUAUUGGAAAUGUUUCAAGUGCAGAUCUAAAGGCGCGUCCCGAUGCAGUGGUGGUCGUUGGUACCACUCUCAAGGUUCCCGGAACCCGCCGACUCGUUAGGGAAAUGUGCCAAGUCACACGAGGACGAAAGAACGGUGUUGCCAUUUGGAUCAACUUGGACGACGAGCCCAAAGGUGUCGAUCUGAAGAACUGUUGGGAUAUCGUGGUGCGAUCAAAAUGCGACAACGUCGCUCAUCUCGCUGACCUUACUCAUUGGGAUUUCAACAUUGGUGAAGGCUACGAGCUCACGAAGGAAGAGGAACAAGAGCGAGAAAAUCGUUUGGCUAAGGGCAAAACAACAGUUGAGGUCAAUAUUCCUGCGAGCUCGCCCUCACUCGACCCAGAUGCGGAUGAAAAGGCUGCUGUCAAACCAAAACAAGUCGAACAGGCUCAAGGAAUCCCAACCCCCAACGCAAGCCCUAAGAUCUCAGCAGCCAAGAAGCCAGGAAAGAAGCAAAGCACACUUUCUUUCAACGGACAACAACAACCACCAAACACUGCUACAUCGGCCCCCAAGCCACGCAAACGCGGUAGAAAGCCUGCUCAACCCAAACCCGACACACCAGCAGUUGAAUUCAAGGCCAAAAAGUUUACAAAUCAGGAUAAGGGAAAGAAACCUGAACCAACUAUCCCCGCAAAACGAAAAGCGACGGUUUCAGAUUUCACACACAAAUCAACUGCUCAAACACAGAAUUCAAACGCCGAUAAUACCUCUACUAGUCCUUCAUCUCCAUUCACGACCACCAAAAAAGACACAAUCUCUCCAAAGUCACGUCCGUCAGGCAUGGAUUUUCUCAUCGAUUAG